AUGUCCUCCACCCUCUCGUUCCUCGACCAGUUCAACGCCCCCUCAACCGAGGGCAGAAAGAGGAUUUCGAUCUACACCCCUAAGCACACCCAUGUCGGCGACAGCACCUUGCUGACGCUCCUUCUCAGUAACCCCACCGACGUUUUCAACAAGCUCAAAGCCCACAACCCCGAGGCAACCAAUGCCACCGACCGCGCUGCACUAGAGGCGUAUCUCUCCGCCCGCCGCGAAUACGACGAGGCUGUCAAGGCAGCUGACAAGGCCAUCGACCAUCACAAGCAACUCCUACGUCAACAGGACGACCGUGUCCUCACCGAGCUCAUUCGACUCGACAAUCUGAAAGUUGCCCAUUGCUUUCAACCACUCCUACCACGCAGCAUCCGGGCGCAACACAACAAAUUCAUCCUGCGCACCAUCCCCAACGCGUACUUACCCCUACCCGCAUCCCUACCGAUGUCUGCCUUCAGGCGCCCCCCGAUCCCGUUCCCUUUUCUCCAAGCAACACCGUGGAGCACUACCAUCCCGGCUGACUGGCAACCCAACCCUGGUUGGACCCCGAAGGGAAGCUAUGACGAGCGAGGGCUUAUGGACAGUGCGUCGUCCUGA